GUUUCAAGUGACACAAUCGGUGAAAUCAGCGCGCCGAUUCAACAUUCGGGCCAUGUUUAUCUGGAUCAAAUAUGGCUUUGGUACUGCGUGACGACGUGAAGGAUGUCAGCAUGAACAGUCACGUACGAUGGCUAGAGGAGGUUCCGCCAAGGAUGUUCAACAGCAACGUCACGUGCGACAUCCUUCUCGGGUUUGUUCGAGCGUCGUUCUUGAAAGAAGUCGACGACAUUUGCAAGCAGCGCUCGUUGAAGCUCAGCAUCGACAUCGAAGGCGUCAAGAAGCAACGCGAAGCGGUAGGUGCUGAGGUUGGGUCGACAUCUGUCGAGUCCGUCUCGCCAUCGUCGCAAGACCUCGGAGACUGGCAAGUCAAGCUUGAAGCGCAGCUUGAGGCAUUGCUGGCGAUCUCCAAAUCCGUCAAAGAUUUGCAGUCGGUCAACGCACUGGACGUGGUGGAUGAGUCUGGCCAGCGCCUCAAACUCAACGACAGACCGCGCGACCGAGCCAUGGACAUUCUCAAACCCCGUCAAGUGUAUCAGCUGGUGAAACUAGGAGACACCCCCGAAGCUCCCCCGACGCCCCUCAAGUUUGCCCUCCCGGCGGCGCUACCAUCGGCAGCAGCAGCAGCAACGUAGCUACAGACUAGAACAUUUGUUUAUAUUGUUGUGUUUAUAUUCUAAACUGGAGUAUGAAUCGACGACACAACCAAAUGUACAGAAGA